UCUAAACAGGCUUCUCGUAGCUAUUAGCGAAACAUGCUGGACUCGGAUUGAGCAGAACAAGCUUUAUAUUUAUUUUCAGGUGUCGCCAUUCUGAACUUUGAUGGGUGUUGUUCUUCUGCCGUUAAAUUGCCGAGUUGUCCGGUUUUUUUUUAUUGUAUACGUUUAAAUAGGGGGUUUAAUCAGAAGCAUGCUAACUAGCUGAAGCUACCUUAUACAAUUUACUUUUAUAUAUUAGUACCAUGUUGACUGAGUUAUUGCAAGGCACUGAUGCUGGGGGUUUUUUGAUAAUUCAAGAUACUGCUAGUUGUUCUGGUCGACACCUCCUGAAGAGCUUCAUCAAUGCUGUGUUGAACAGGGAGGAAGCUGUCCAUGUCCUUGGCUUUGAAGUUAGUGAGGAAGAGCUGAAAGAUGGGUUGAAAGGAUCACCCAUUCAGAGGCUACACUUUCACAAUGCUUAUACAGACCCCCUUGGCUGGACCGAUCACCCAGCUUUCACAGUUCACCAGUUCUGUUUGGUGGAACUUGCACAUCUGGUCAAGCAAACAUCUCACCCCAAACCACCUACCUUAGUGAUCGACUCCCUUUCGUGGAUUUUGAGACACCUCAGUCCACCCGCUGUCUGCAAGACUCUUCAACAACUUAGAAAAGGGGGAGCUGUGAGAGCUAUUAUUGGUCUGCUGCAUGCAGAUAUGCAUCAGAGGGGUACUGUGGGAAGUGUGUGCCAUUUGGCUACUUCUGUCAUCACUGUAGUGCCUGGGAUAAGGGGAGACGAAGCAGUGGCAAGGAUAACAAAGCGGUCAAAAUCGGGGAAAGUUAUGCAAGAUGAGGAGGUUUUCAGCAUCAAAGAGGAUCUUAAAGUCAUAGUACAGGGCAAACCCAGCCAACUUGGACCUAAACAGACUGACCCUGAAGAACAGGAGACGGACCCUACAGCCAACUUGACCUUCAACCUUCGACUAUCUGAUACAGAGCGCGAGGCCAAGCAGAAGCUUGCACUUCCUUUUGUCUUCAGCAAAGAGAAGAAAACGGCUCUGCUCCACUCAGGCCCGGGUUCAGGACGAAUUCUUUAUGAGCCUGAUGCCAACGACGACUAUGACCAGGAGGACCCUGAUGAUGAUCUGGAUGUGUAGGACAUAAAACCCACUGAAUGAUGAUGAUGUUUCAUGUCUUCAUUGCCAUUAAAAGACACUUGAGUUGAUUUCAGUAGUGCAGAUUCAAAGCCAUACCACCAGCUCAUGGAGCCUUGAAGAUAUAAAAUAAUACAAUAUGUCUAUAAAAAAUAUGUAUUGCUUAUUAAAUUGUUUAAUCUAA